AUGCGGCUGACUCGGAGCCGGGCAAUUUAUAUGGUCUCGGCCACUUGGAUUUUCUCGUUGACGAUGGCGCUGCCGUUGUUUCUCGUCUCGGUCCAUGAAAUCCCACCAAAUCGAACGGCUUAUGUCUGCACCGAGGAUUGGGGCUAUUUCAAGGAUGCCGAAUACGCCCAAAAACUCUACUCCCUCCUGGUGCUCUCUCUACAGUACGCCGUCCCCCAAACCGUGCUGAUCAUCACCUACACGUUUAUUGGGUUCAAAAUGUGGCACAGUCGGGUGCCCGGAACGGGGACUUCAUCCACAAAGAAAAUUGUGACGGAAAGGCACGAAAGUGUUAAAAAGCUAAUCCCAAUGGUGAUCCUGGUCUCCGCACUGUUCGCCAUCUGCUGGCUGCCGAUUCUGAUGUUGUUCAACGUCGUGUUGGUCGUCAUGCCCGACCUGGCCAGCAGUGACUAUAUUCUAUUUAUAUGGUGGUUCUGCCACGGCCUUGCCAUGUCCCAUUCCAUCGUCAAUCCGGUGGUGUACUUUUUGCGAAACGCCCGUUUCCGCGAGGGUUUCCUCUUCUUCACCUCCAAAAUCAUGCCCUUCAUCAAGUGCGACGAGCUGCGGCUGCUUGGGGAUAGUCAAAGGAGGAACGGUUCGCAAAGGUCCCUCCAGCCCGCUGGAUUGCGACUAGGCGCCACCAACUCGGCCACCGUAACCCCACUCCUCGAGCGCCAGGUGCUCGUCUACCGUGCCGUCAACGGGUCACGCAACGACAGCCCGCCAAAAGUUGGCGAGUCGCCCAGCUCUCCCGCCCAUUCCGCAUCCACCAAAUCGCUACACUAUACGCCUCCUGACGGCGGAUCGUACGGGUCGAUUGCGACACCGUUA